AUGUACACGGACCCAAUCACCCUCCAUCCGCGGCAAGACAUGCCGUACGAUCUGCGUCCGCGCGCCCUACAAUGGGAUGGAGUCAUGCAUGGCAAUUCUGCCUGCGCCCUGCCCCCGAGUAUAAACAGCGCCGUGCCAUUUCCCGCAGCUCAUAUGGCCGCCCCGCAGGAGCUGUUGUUGCUCUCGCCGCAAGCCCCGGCCGACCCCGGCUCGAGCCAGGGUUCGCCGAGCGAGCUGGGCGCUGGCGGUUAUCCUGAUGUGAAUACUACUUCUGGUGAGGCAAAGCUGAUGAACCGCCAGUCCAACUGCCGGCAAUCGCAGAACCGCGAGGCGCAGCGCCGAUUCCGCGAGCGCCGGGAACAGGAACGCAUCCAGCUGCGGAAGCGGAUGGAGGAGCUGCGGGCGGAGAACGACGCGCUGAGUCGGAUGCUAGCCGAGGAGAAGAAUGCAACUCUCAAGCUCGAGGUGGAUAAUGAGCAGUUAACAAAAGAGCUGGAGACGUUGCGCCGGCGGUGGCAGGAUGUGCUACGGUUGAUGGCGGAUAUGGUGCAGCAGGAGGAGGAGGUGGUGCGAGAGGGGGAUUCGCCGUCGACUUGGUCUAGUAGCUCAUCCUCAUGGUCGUCUUCGUCGCGGAAGGAGGUGCAGGGCCUUAGGAGCUCGAUUAUGAUGCAGAUGCUGGUCUUGUUGUUUGACGAAAAGGGGGAGUCGCCUUCGCGGACGGCGAUGGCUAGAAUGGGGGGCGUUGUCUGGGGGUCCAGGGCUAUGAUUGAUUGA